AUGGAGCUUCCGAGCACGCGGCGUAGCACCCUGGUGGGAAGCUAUAUACUCGGGGACGAGAUAGGUAAGGGCGCGUACGGGCAGGUGUACAAGGCAAUAGACAAGCGGGACGGACGGGUCGUGGCGAUAAAGGAGAUACCCCUCGCGGGCAUCGACGAGGCGUCGCUCGCGGGGGUGCGCCUCGAGAUCGACCUGCUGGGAUCGCUCAGCCACCCGAACGUCGUCGGCCAGCUGGGCACCAUCAGGACCCCGUCGUACUUCUACAUCGUCCUCGAGUACUGCGAGGCGGGCUCGCUCGCGGCGUCGAUAAAGGCCAACAAGUUCGGACCCGCGCCCGAGGCGCUCUGCAAGGUGUACGUCGCGCAGGUGCUCGACGCUCUCGCGUACCUGCACUCGCCGCGGAACGGCAUCGUUCACCGCGACGUCAAGGGCGCCAACCUCCUCGCGACGAAAGACGGGUGCGUGAAGCUGGCGGACUUCGGCAGCGCCGCGAGGAUGGGCGAGGACGGGCGAGGAGGCGCACAGAGGCCGGGUUCGAACAAGCCGACGAAAAAAACCACCGGACCCGUCGACGGCGAGGGCGACGUGGUCGGGACGCCGUACUGGAUGGCGCCGGAGGUGAUCGAGAUGAGCGGCGGCUCAGACCCGAAGAGCGACGUGUGGUCGGUGGCGUGCGUCGUCGUGGAGCUCAUCACCGGUUCUCCGCCGUACUUUGACCUUCAGCCGAUGCCCGCGCUCUUCGCCAUCGUCCGCGACGAGUCGCCGCCGCUGCCGCCGGGAAUAUCGCCCGAGCUUCGAGGCUUUCUGAGCGCCUGCUUUCGCAAGGACCCAGCGCAACGACCGACCGCGAGCGAGCUGCGGUCGCACGAGUGGCUCAAGGGAGUCGCCACCGCGGGCGCGGCGACCGGAUCGUCGUCGGGACCGGCGAGGCGCACGGAGCACCUCACGCUCGACGAUCCGAGGCCCGACAGCGCGGCGAGCAGCCUGGCGGGGAGCGGCAGGUCGUCUCCCGCGCACAGCCGUCCCACGAGCCGCGGGGCCCAACGACGCGGAUCGCGAGGCGACGGCGGAGACGGCGCGUGGGAACCCCCGGCGUCCAUCGCGGACCCUCAGCCGCGAGAGCGGAGGCGGCGGCGCCCGCCCCCGUCGUCGCCGUUUCAGGACGUGAAGGUUGCCAUGAACGGCGACGCGGACGCCGACGCGGACGAAGUCGCGGACGAAGUCGCGGCGCCGGCGGCGGUGUCGGUCCGGCUGGAGUACCCAAACACGCUGAACACGUUGAACACGGGGUUCGACGGCGACGUCGCGCGGGCGACGCGCGACGCGAGGUGGUCGGAUCUCGCGGGGCUCGUGCGCACAGCUGUCGCGGACGGGGUCACCGCGGCGGCGGUGGACGCGGCUCUGACGUCCGCUGACACCGCGGGCGCGCUCGCCGCCGCAUUGCACGCCGCCGCGUCGAAGGAUGGUGACGACGCGACAGCUGUGCGCGAACGAGGCAACAACAUAGACGACGCGAACGCGGCGGCUUCGCUCGACGCGGCGGCGGCGGUGCUCGCCGCGACGCGCAGGAAACGGGCGGACGGCGGUGACGCGCCGGGGGAGACGCUCGCGGCGUUCGUGACUUUCGGCGCGGCGUCGUCGACGCUGUCGCUGUUGCGUUCCGACGACGCGUCCGUCGGGGUUGGGGUUAAGAUCGCCGCCGCCAAGGUGGUCCGAGAGCUAUCUCGUGGGGGCGUCGUCGCGUUGAGGUGUCUCGCGUCGUGCGACGCGCCUCGAGCGCUCGCCGGCGUCCUCGCGCAGUCCGCGAUGUCCCCGUCGCGGCGCGAGCUCGCUCGGGUGUGCGUGGACGUCGCCAGGUUUCUCACCACGCUGCACACGCGAGCCGUCACCGGAUCGAUACCGCCGUCGGAGGCUUCGAGGAUGGCGUCGGCGGCGUCGAGCGGCGGGAUUUCAUCCGGGGAUGUCGACUUUGACGAGGACGACGGCGAGACGCGCGGUGGAGGGGUCGUCUUCGACGCUUUCGCCCGCGCGGGGCUCAUCCCGGCGCUGGUCAACGCCAUCCGCGACUUGAACGCGGCGGCGAACGAGGAGCGAGGGGUUGGACCGGGUAGGAAGGCGACGAACGAUACGGAAAAGUCAGAGUCGGAAAAGUCGGAGUCUCCGUCCAGCGUGUACAGGGAGAGGGUGGCCGAUAUCUUGCUCGACGCGACGCGUUCGAGGAACGACCGCGGCUGCGCGGCGUCGCGGUUCGCGCUGUGCGAGCUUCAGGCGAUGCACGGCUUGCUCGCGCUCGCGGGGUCCCCGCUGCCCAAGUCCACGUCGGCCAAGCUGUUACGGGUCGUCGGCCACCUGGCGAGGGACGAUAACUGCAAGGACGCCAUGCAGCGCGCGGGAGCGGUGCCCAAGCUGGUUCGAUUCUUGCAGUGGGAGGAUCCGGCGACGAGGGAGGAGGCGUUGCGGGCUCUUUAUAAUCUGUGCCGCGGUGACGCGUCGGCGCUGGAGCAAGCCGCCGUCGCCGGGGUCACGCCGCAUCUCAUCGCCGUCGCGGCUCCCGACGUGUUCAACAAGCUCGGCCUCGCGGACGAACUCGGCGCGGCGACGGGUACCAACGGCGGGGGCACGCACUGGACGAGGGGCGGGCCGGGCGCCGAGGCGCAGAUCGAGCGACUCGCCCCGUUGGCGGCGCCGUUUUUGUGCGACAUGGCGUCGAGCUCGCGAAGGACGCGAGGCGAGCUCGCUCGACACGACGCCCUCGACGCGUACCUCUCCAUAGCCCGCAACAAGCCGAGCGCGUCGUCUCCACCCGGUUUACAACUCGCCGCGGUGCGCGCGGUGGCCGGGUGGAUGAGGGACGAGCCGUGGAAGGUGGAGGCGAGGCUCGCCGAGCCGGAUGCAAUCGCCGCGUGGGCAUCCGCGAUUGACCCUCGGCGGAUUCCGCCGAUUGACCCCGAGGUUCUCGACACGCUCCGGGAGAUCGCGCGCGAGUCGCCGCGGCUGUGCGCCGCGCUCGCGUCCGGGGGUGCGAUGGCGCCGCUGGUGGAGGCGCUCGGCGCUCCGUCGUCCGCGACGGCGGCGGUGAGCUCGCGCGCGACGCACAACGCCGGCACGGUGGAUUGGAACAACGGUGCCGUGCUUCGACGAUCGAACAGCAGGAGGCUCGAGCUCCGACCCGGGCGGGCGGGCGCCGGAUCCCGUACGGACGAUCCCUCGCGGCCGCACGAUGCGAGGAAGGAUCCGCGACGGACCUUGGCGUACGUCCGCCUGUUGGCGCAGCUCGCGGAUCAUCGGCGCGACGCGGUUGACGAGUCCGGCCGAGGGCACGACCUGGUCGGGAGGCUGCGGGCUCUGGUCGCGGACUACGAGUCCGAGGCGUCGAGGCGCGUCGAGGCGCGCGCGUUGCGAGCCGCCGAAGGGGUGGACGACGAAAGUGCGGAUUCGGAACGGGCCGCCGAGGACGUGAGGACGGAGGCGGAGAGACUCCUCGCCGAGCUCAGGAGGUGA